AUGCACGCCGCACUCGCGACCAGGCGUCUCGGCUUCACAUCCCGGUCCAGCGACGAAGAGCUCCAGAAGCGUAUCUGGGCGUAUGCGGAGUCGCCGGGCCAGUUCCCCAUCGACGACGCGCCGACGACUCCGUUUCCGCACCGCCGCUCGAUUCCUCAUGGACCCUCGGUGCCGUUCCCCGACCGGCGCUCUGUACCCUUUGAGCGACAGUCGCUCCUCGACCCGGCAUCAAACCAUUCCUCGUCUGGACAGUACGAGCGCGAGAGCGAGCAAGAUGAGCAGUCGCCCGAGCCAGCGUCGUCCCCGGUGUUUUCGCUCACGGCUCCCAACACCACGCCGCCUUCACAUGCAGCAGUCCCAACAGCCCACACGCAGGUGCAUUUGCUCGACUUCGCCUCUGACGCUUCGGUCGACAAACUCCGGCGCGGGCGCGUCUUGCCCCUCCACCUAUCCCCUGCGGCGCGACACAUCCUCCUGAUCCGGACGGAGCGGACCUUUGAUCUGUUCCCCGAGUGCGGCGUGCUCCUCACGCUCGACCCGCCCGAGCCCUCCCGACCAGAAACGGAGCUUGUCAUCGCGAUCGAGAGCGUGCAGGACUGGGAGGAGGCGGACGAGGCUCUGCAGGCCGAGUUUCCGGCCCUGUUCCAUCCCGACUGCGCGGAGAGGUAUGAGGCGGGCGGAGUGUACGGCGGCAUCGUCGAGGAGGGAGUGCAAGGGACAGACAUGCGGGCCUCGCCCGCCCGAGCCACGUUCGCCGCCGGCCUGACAGCCCAAGCCAAGCGCCGCAGUGUCCAACUGGUGACGCACGAAGACGACGACGUGUACCUCCUCCCGACCCCGGGACCCGGGUUCGUGAACUGGCUCCUGGCCGGCCUGGCCGAUGCGCUGGAACUACACCCCGGACUCCACGUAAGUUUCGCCAACGUCCAGUCCUGGGAUUCGAGAUGGGUGCGGCCACAUUGGGCCGGGGCUAUCGUGGAGGAUUUGCUGGGCAUGAGUGCCGAGGAGGCGGCGGAGGGCGGGCCGAUGCGGAUUCAUCUGCAUUCGGGGAUCAAGCAGGCGGGGAGGAGCCAGCAUGCCUGGGACAAGGAGAAGAUGAGGAGGGUCAGGGAGGACAGGGUGGGGUAUCUUGAUGAAGAGGGGUGGGAGAGGGUGAAGCGCGAGAUGGGCGCGGGACGCCUCUGA